CCGUUAUUUUUCCUUUAAACGUCAUUUUCCAGCAUCAGCGAGUCAAGGUGUAGCCUAUAGUCUAAACCGAAAAUGUAGACGUGUUAAGCGCCGUGCCCCGGAGACGGCCAAUUCAGCAGUUCUGUGUCUAACAGUUAACAGAGUGGAGAUGAGAGCAGAGAGCUCUGGGCUGGUCUAGUCUGGUCUGGUCCUAUACCGGCACACCGCUAGUAGCUUCUCUGUGCUUCUGUGUGUUCUAGGUUAUAAGCUGCUCUGCCACUGCGCAACCAUGGAGCUAUCGCAGCGAUGGAGAUGACGCAAACAGACCCCGCUCUCCAAAAAAGUGUUUCAAGAUGAACAUGGCGGCAACUUAACCCAGGUCCAAGAUGACUGAGACCGCAAGGAGAAAAGAUCCAAGGCACUCUGCCCAGAUACGGACCGAAAAAAAUAUCCUGUUGACACUGAAAGGGCUUGUUGCUUGGUGUUGCUUUCUUAUAGCCUAACUGAAUCCGGGAAACGACGGGCGACGACGGCAGGCAGCAUCAGCACCGAGAGACUCGCAACAGCUGGUCUCUCUGCGCGCGACGCCAGAACAACCUCGGAAGAGCUGAAAGGAGCGGGACAUGCGGUCACAGAGAGCGCCGUUUCCCCCCGAAGAGCCAUGGAGAACGGGGAUGCGGCAGCGCGAGGCUUAAUCUGUGCGGGCGCGCUAUUUGGAACGGAAUAGCACACCGACGGCUGCGGGCGCGAGAGAGAAGCGCCCUGGACCGGCGGCGGCACCGUUGCAGAGGAGAAAUAAGCGGAGUCCAUCUCCCCAAGUCAAUGAGUAUAGUGUCAGAGAAGCGCCCGCGGUGGAGUCGACCAGAGCUGCGCUUUCCUAAAAUAUGACCAGGGGCGCUUGGAUGUGUCGGCAGCAAGAUGACGGCUUAAAAAUCUGGUUUGCACCCCGAGAGAACGAGAAGCCAUUUACCGAAUCGGAGCGGGCCCAGCGAUGGCGCCUAUCGCUGGCCUCUCUGCUCUUUAUCACCGUCCUGCUCUCUGAUCACCUGUGGUUCUGCGCCGAGGCCAAACUGACGCGGACCCGGGACAAACGGUCAGACAGGCGGCUAGCGUUCACGAACAUGGACCAGUACCCCAACUCCCUUCAUCAUCAACACCAACUCCAGUCACUUGCCCCCCAUCCCACGCACAGCCGCCACUCCAGAGAGACAGCUGUUAUUUUUAUAGGGAAUUCUACCAAACCUCUGUGGCGGCUGGACACCUGUCACCCUGACAGCCUGUCCAAAGAAUGCUUCACGUUCACGGAUGCGGAGCCCGUGUGUUUGGGCCUUUCCUCGGAACCAGGGGACGAGGCGCAGUUGGUGGACGUGAAUCUGAGUGAUUUGUAUCUUUCUUUUUGUAAUUCCUACUCUCUUUUGGAUUUGUUUCACGGGUUUACGAGUCCAGAAGGAUUGAACUGCAGCCUGGCAAUGGGGGGAGACAUGCAGGGAUGCAGCGAGUGUGUCCUGGCUUACCAGCGCUACGACCAGCAGGCGGAGGAGGACUACCGAGAGUUUGAACUGCUAGUUCAAAAAUACGAGACGGAUGCAUACUCGGUUAGGACCUGCAUGGAGGAGUGCAAGACGGUGUAUAAGCCCUGGCUGUGCUCCCAGUACUUCCCUGUCAGUCAGAUCCAUUGCAGCAGCAGGAUCCCCUGUGGUCAGUACUGUCUGGAGGUGCAGCAGAGGUGCCCCUUCAUUCUGCCCGACAACGACGAUCUCAUCCACGGAGGCAGCCCCAGUUUUAUAUGCACAGGACUGUUGGAGGACUACCCUUCAGGUGUGGCUGCCGCAGCAGAGUGCUGUGACAUCCGGUGGGACUCUAAACCAGAAAACGGUUCCUGUGGCACCCUCAGACAAACUCACCCGUCGUGCGAGCAGCGCAGCUCGCUCAGCUCCUCUGCGGCCUGCAGACUGUCAUCCAGCCGCCUCCGAUUUUGUCUGCUGGUUCUGGUCCUGCUGCACACCGUGGCCAGCCUAACCGCAUCCCACAAUGCAACAGGGCUGGGCCUCCCCACCAUCACGCCUCUGGAAGAGAGCCCAGCCAAUGAGGAAUGACUGAAUCGAGGGAGGGUCAGGGCUGAGAUGGAGGGGAGUGGGCAGGGCUAGUAUUCCCUUUUUUUUCGUGAACCCCUCCCCCCCCUCCUCCCCCUGAUGGAGAGAAAUGUCCAUUACAGAGGGAAAGACCUCUGUGCAGUGCUUUCUGGGAAUGUAGUUUCACAGAGAGGUGUGAUAUUUGGACACAAAGGAAGACAUGCAAGUCAAUGAAAACAAACAAACUAAGGGACAUAAGCAACCCAGUGGGCAGGACAAGGGACAACCACGAACCAUGGUGCAGCCUUUGUUGGAGUGGGGACUAAGGUCUCCUCGCUGUUGAGUUUCUCUCACUAAACUUUUCUACACUGUGUUCUGUUUUGGCUUUCUGUUGCACUGGCUGGCUAUGGAAUACCACUCCAAUGUCCUCUCUGUCAAUGUUCAUUCUUAAUGUUUGUUUAGGGAUCUCUCGUGCAGGAAGGAAAUGUUUCAUCCACAUAGGAUAGCUGUAUACAGUUUAUGUUACAAAGCAAAUGUGUGUGUGUGUGUGUUUGUAUGUGUGAAUGGAUGCUCACAUGCGUGUAUGUGCAUGUGGGUGUUUGUGUAUGGGGGUGCAUGUGUGUUUGUGUAGGUUUGUAUGUGCAUGCGUGCGCGUGUAUGCUUGUGUGUUUGUGUGUGUAUGUGUCCACCCCAAGUCCCCUUUCUAUGAUGUCAGUCCUGCUCUAGGCCUACAAAAGGUCAUGACCUUUGGUUUGAAUCACCAUCAAUGUUGUAGAAAACUUCCUCUUGUAGACCACAGCUGCUCCACUGGUCAGUGGCCUAGCGGUGACGUCCCUCAGAGAGACAGGCUCCUCUCUGUCCCCUCUACACACACACACACACAUCCUCUAUAUUUCCCAUGCCUGCAAUGAGAAACUAAAUCGCACUGUUCAGUUCCGAUUGUUUUUCUUUACUCAUCAUCUGUGUUUAGUGCAUGUGGAGGCUCUCUGAGAUGCUAUAAAAGUUGUUGUUUUGACCCUAGCCCCACCCCAUGUGUAGUUGUCAUGACUACAACCAACCCCUGGCCUCCUGUUGCACGUCCCUAUUUCUAUUUGUUCUCCAGGCACACCUCUCCCCUCUCACACCAAAUAAAGGGCUUCUUAUGGAAUUAUCUACAUUACUAUAUAUCAGCACUAACUCACUAACUCACACAUACAUAAACACAUUCACACACACACACACAAUCUCUCCCUGUCAUGCAUAGAUGUCUAUGCAUGACAUACAUGUGGUUGGAGGCAUAUCAUAGUUAACCCAGUAUGCUGAGAUUGGCAACCUCAGAGGCAGCGAAAGUUCAUUUCUUGGUUGUGGUGGGUGUUUGUAAUGUUUUUGAACAUCAACAUUUCUGAAGUCACAGAGCAGUUGAGAGUGUGAGUCUGUGUGGAGAAGAGGAACUAAUGGCAGGUGGCUGGUCCUGAUUGGCCCUGUUAUGCUGAUGAGAAAAUGUUCAUUAAAGGGCUGAUUUUAUUCUUAGUUUAUCUGUUUUAAUGCUUAUUGGAGGAUUGGGCACAGAGGUCCAGACAGAUGCAAGUAGAAAAGAAGCUUUCUACUCUAGCUCCUGCCAGCUCUCUCAGGGCUGGUUGCUAGGAGUAGCUGGCAGCUAGCCUGGAGGAGACAACAGAACACGAUAACAUCUCUCAUUCUCAUGUGUUAGCGAGUCAGCACACAGCAUGUUAUUCCAUCAGUGAUCUACAGGUGAGGAUUUUGUCUUUGUCUUUUUUUCAAAAAUCAGGACAGCUUGGGGAAAAUGUGGGAAGACAGUGAUGUUCUGUGGCUAAACUGAACAGCAGCAACACUGAAGACACCCGAUAUAUUCGAAUAUCUACUGAGCUGACCUAGGAACAUUCUAGAAAAUGCCAGGAAUACUCAACAUCAGACCAAGGAAUGUUUACAGACCAGGAAAACUCCAUCUCUGAUUGAGGAAUAUUCAAGUGUCAGACCACAAAUUCUUAUCACCUUAAUUACUGUAGGAACAUGAAGGAUCCAAUCUAGAACAGGGCCAUGAAUACAUAACAUCUGACAGCAGAACGUUCUGGAACAGAUCAGGAAUAUUCUAGAAUAGAGCGGUAAGAGUCUACAACAGACUAAUGGCAUUCUGGAACUGACCAGGGACAUUAAAGGACAGAACAGGAAUAUUGCAGCAUAUUUGUUUUCAUGUGUUCAUCUGGCAUACUUCUCUAUCAGGUUAAGGUUGUGAAUGAACUAAUGUUCUCAUCACACCUUGGACAAAUGUGGAUUGCUAUAUGUCCUAACAUCAAUCAAUCACGCUUUUAUGAAAUGUUCAUACCGUCAGAAACGGUAUGAACAUUUCAUAUCACGAUUACAGUGACCAAUAUUAUCUUGGUUAUCAGUAUUUUCACGGUAUUGCUGGAUACAUAAAAAAUUUGAUAAUAAACACACUGAAAUUAUUUCAUCAAGUUUUAUAUUGAAAAACCAACAAACAGCACAAAAAAAAUCACACUUUAUGUGUGCAUGAGCAUUGGAAUUGGAACAUUAAAGAUGGAACCAUGUGACCAGAGGUAAAGGUUUAUCGUGCAGGUUUAGAUGAACAGAACCUCAAGCAAGCAAAACAAAUGUGCAUCUAAAAGCAACACAAGUAAACCAAUACAUGCAUACAAGACUAAUGUACCAAUAAACAAACCCUUCAGCUGUUAACAUUUUAAUAACAACACAAAAAUGUAAACAAAUCAAAUGAUUUGAUUUGCCCUUUUUUCCUACACAGAGUAAGUGUCAACAUGCUUACUGAUGCAUUUGGUUUUCAUUUCUUGCUGGUUGUAGUAGAAAAUCAACAGAAACAGCAUUCGAUGCUACACAGGCUUUCUGAUAGGUUUGGACAGUAUUUACCGUGAAACAGUGGUAAUCCAACUACGGUUGUCAUAAUCAUUCUAAUUUGAAAUGGGAAUUUGAAACAGGAAUAGCCUACUAAGCAUUGUUAAUUUGACUGUGAUUUAUGUAAAACAGACAACCGUUUCAUCCCAUGUAGGCCCACACACACACACACAUCAUCAUCACACAGGCACACAUACAUGCAAUAUACAUACACAUCACACGUUUGACGCAGUAAUGCCCACUCAUCAUGAUAGUGUGUUGGUGCCACACGUGUUGUCCUUUUUCACAGUAUACUUUCAUAAGCUACUCAUGUCCACAAAUAGACAAAUAGACUCCCGUGGAUGUAAACUAGACAAAAUUGCAUUUGACACAAUAUAAAUAUGUCGGUAAUACAUGCAUGCACGCAGCUCUGAUGCGAUAUAUUUAUGUAUUUAUUACUUUUGUUUUCACAGAAGUCCCCAAUGUAAUAUUUUAGGCUUAAAUGGUUAGAGAGUCUGUCACACCAAUGACUGGAGUAUGGCAUUCAGAAUGUCUGUACAUUUCUGUAAUGUUCUGUGUCAGAGUGAGUGUGCAUGGAUAUGUGUGAGCGUGUGUCUGUGUGUGUGUGUGUGUGUGUGUGUGUGUGUGUGAAUGUGUGUGUGUGUGUGUGUGUGUGUGUGUGUGUGUGUGUGUGUGUGUGUGUGUGUGUGUGUGUGGGAGGGGGGGGGGGGUCUACAGUGAAAGCCUAUGAAUGCCUCUUACCCCAACAUAUUUGCACCAGAGUGAGGGUAUCUAGACCCUUUUCUCCCACUCCGGCUCUCUCUGCCUCCAUCCCUCUAGUUUCAUCAUGGUAACAUUACCCAUCCUGUGGAUCUAUGCAGAACACCAUUCCAAGUUUGGUUGUAAAUAUGUCCCACAGUAAGCUGAACCAUGUCUGUCUUGGCUUCCAGGUUCCCUCGUGCUCUGAGUCGAUGUCAAGUCCCAACAGUCCUCCUUUCUGUUGUUCUGUCGCUCUCUGUUGAGUUUCUGACCUCCAUUCUUGUAUUUUCAUCAGGAGAGAGAGAGUACUGUGGGCUACAGACACGCACUGCUCCUUAUACCCGCAGCUUUGCUGAAAGAGGCAUUGGGAUUGUGUGUGAGAGAGAUAAUAAUGUGAUUAUAAAAGCAAGGCAUAUAGAAGUAUCAUUACCAUUAUAAUUAUUAUUAUUACUAUUAUACUACCAGUAUAUUGUAAUAUUAUAGAUGCUUUAGUUCAAGUAAGUUCUUUAAUUUUUUUACAAGCGACUUUGAUGAAAUGAUUUAUAAAACAAUCUCACAAGUCAUGAUGAAAACUACUGCUACAAUGAUUACAAUUGUGUUUGG